AUGUCGCAUGAAGAUAGAAUCAGCGAAUUGAAUGAAGAUAGAAUCAGUGAAUUACCUAGUGAUAUUCUGAUAUCUAUAAUCUCUCGAUUGACUCCGAAAGAAGCUACUUCUACUUGCAUACUUUCAACUCAUUGGCGACAUCUCCAUAGCUAUGCGACUCAUCUCAAUUUCCCAAAGUUCGGAGAUAGGAUUGACACAAAAUCAAAGUAUUUAAGUAUGAUCGAUCAUGUCUUGGAUUCACAUAGAGGCACUAAAAUAAAAGAGUUGGUGGUGGACUUGGACUAUCUAGAAUGUGAAAAAUUUGAGAAGUGGUUCGAGUUUGCCCUAACUAAGAAAGCUGAAAAAAUUUGUUUACGUGGUUGGAAUAACAAUAAGGUUCCAAUUCUAAGACUUCCAAUUACAGAUGGUAUGAAAUGCCUUAAAGAUUUGUAUCUAGGCAAUGGAAUUAAAUUGACCGAUCAAGAUUUUGAGCUUUUGGUUUCCAAUUGCCUUGCUCUUGAAUGCUUGAUAAUUGAAGUAUCUUUCAGCUUGAAAAAUGUCUCAAUAGUUGGGCACUCGAAAUUGAAGCAUGUAAAACUAUUAUAUGCUAGGAGAGUUGAAUCCAUUGUGAUUUGCGACGCAAUAAGCCUCGUUUCUUUGACGCUCCAUAAUUUGUCAGCUGGAUGUGCUUUCAAACUAAGUAACAGUCCGAAGCUUACCAAACUCAAUUAUCAAGAAAAUCAUAAUGUACUCAUGCUUGCUGAGCUCCUUGUCAGAAUUCCAUCUUCCAUACGCAACCAACUUCAACGAUUGCGCCUCUCAACUACAUUUCAUUCUUAUUAUGUUACGCCUCGGGAUCUUGUUCAUCAAGAGUUGUUGUAUGUUGAUCUUAUAAAUAUAAAACAUCUAGAGUUGUCGAUUGAGACGGCCGAUUUUCUUUAUUGUGAUGGGCCUUUUCAACGCUAUGUGCACCGUUUGAUUGAAGCAUGUGGUUCACUAGAAACACUUGUGAUAAAGUUUACGAAGGAAGAUCUGGGCAUAAAUGCACAUCCAAUGUGUGAGGAGUGUAGGAUCAUGAUGCUCAUAGAUCAACCUGCGCCUGCAGAGUGUAGGAACACGAAUUCCCAGGAUUUAAUAAUUAUAGAACCUGCGGCUGCAGAGUGCAUGGGUUGCCAGCAUUUAAAAAGAAUAGAAGCGAUGGGCAUCAUGUAUCAACAUGCAGAGUUGCCCGUAAAGUAUUUGGAAAUCACAGGAUAUUUUGGUAAUUCGUGGCAACGGCAAUUGGCUAUGUUCAUAGUUGAUAAUGCUACGGCUCUCCAAAAAUUGAGUGUAUUGUCUUGUGAUCAAGAGGCAUUAGCUCGUGCACGUCAUGAUUUUCGACAUACUUCCUUCGUCCAUCAUGACAUACGGGGUCUAGAGAAUAAGUGGUGUUCCGACUAUUUGUCGUGGAUACUUGAUACGGGCAUAUCUUCAUGA